AGUUUCGGUUUUUGCUGAUCUCCUCACUCCCACGCUAUCACUAAGCUUAUGUUAUCCAUCUGCGCCCAUCGGUUUUCCAUUUUUGUCAAUUUUUUUUACCCAAAUUUUCAGAUAAUCUUCUUCUUCUUCUUCUUAUCCCUUCCUCGCAUCCCAUCACUUUCGCUCUCCUCCACCGUCCGAUCAUACUACUUCCUUCCUUCCUCCCGCUUAAGUAAUAAUAAUAUGAACAAACUUCAGUAGCUGCUACUCACAGAAGCGGCUGUGCCCACCAACUGCUUGCCGAAAUGCCAGAUACGAAAACGACGAGCUUCAAUCUCCUCUUCCUCUUCUUGCUCGCCUAUCCUAUGCCGGCCAAUGCCCAGACCCCCGAGUUUCAGAACAACGGCUAUGGCUACAUCGCCAAUUUGAACUCUUCAAUGGCGCUCGUCAGUGUCUUCCUCGUCUUUGCCUUCUUCUCCGUGGGCUUCCUCUCCGUCUACUUUCGCCGCUGCAUCGAGUCCACACGCAUGGAAGCCUCCGGAACUCGAGCUCGCGCCGCCUCCGUAGGUUUCCGCCGGCGAGGACUGGACCCGGCGGUGAUGGAGACUUUCCCGAUCCUCGUCUACUCCGCCGUCAAGGAUCUCAAGAUUGGCAAGGGAGCUCUGGAGUGCGCCGUGUGCUUGAGCGAGUUCGACGACUUCGAAACGCUGCGUUUGCUUCCCAAAUGCGAUCACGUCUUCCAUCCAGAUUGCAUCGACCCCUGGUUAGCGGCUCACGUGACGUGUCCGGUUUGCCGCUCCAACCUCACGCGAAACACCGAUUUAAAUGUCGAAGAUUCGAGUUCCAGGAGUCCGAUUGAAGUCGGCGAGGUACGAAACGACGCCGUUGUGCUCAAUGUGGAUGAAAAUCCAAGCGAGGGCCCACAAGCGGUUGAGAAUGGUAAACCACGAACGAGAUCCGGAAUAUGUGGAAAGUUUCCGAGAUCGCACUCGACGGGUCACUCGCUGAGCCGACCCGGAUUGAACACGGAGAGGUACACGUUGAGACUGCCGGAGGAGGUGAGGAAGCAGCUGGUGUCGAGCGGGAACAGUAAGCUGAGGCGUUCGACUAGCUACGACGUCCUUUUGCGCUGCGGCCUCGGGAGUUCGAGGAAGGGCUAUAGGUGUGGCCGCUGUGAAGGGAAAAGCAGCGUGGAUAAUCAAACCGGUUGGGUCGACCCGUGGAUGAUGUCGCCGUCGUUUUUACCUAGAGGAGGUGACGGAAAUGCGGUGUCUGGGAAGACGCCGUUAAUGUCUGUUAAAAUGCCGUUGGAUUGUCUUCAUGUCAAGGCGGAGAGUUCUAAAGAAUCGAUAUCUCGGCUGCCUGUGUAAUUUGUACAUAAUAAUUGUAUAUAAUGUUUUUAUUUUCGGAAGUCAUUUGCAUAUAAUUUUUAGCGUGAAAAGUUGUGUUGGUAUAGUUUGUAGAGAGGAAUUUGUGUCUGCUCGUUCAUGCAGGAUUGAAAAUUGUACGAAAAAUUAUAUUUGAAAGAAACAAAAAAUUAUGUUGUGAAAGAUUAA